UCCUCCUGAAUCCCACUUUUCCGACAGCUCGUGAAUGCAGCGGCAGGCUCUGGCUCUGUGAAGAUGGCGGACUGUAUACGUGUUCCUCUGCUUCUGCUUUUGAUGUGCAUCUUCUCCUGCGUGCAUCCGAACCGAGCCGAAAUCAACAAAGGGAACGUUAAAGACGACAACGUCCCGAAUCCACCGGGAGGCCCAGUGCCGCCCGGUGUUAUCCCGGCAGCCGUGGAAAGGAACCUGGGAGCCGGGGCCUCGCUGCCUCGGAGGCGCUCUACCGGCUGGAAGUUGGCUGAGGAGGCGGUGUGCAGGGACGAUCUGACCCGGCUUUGCCCCAAGAAUUCCUGGAAUAAUAAUCUGUCGGUGCUGGAGUGCUUACAGGACAAGAAAGAGGAAACUGAGAUUUCUGCAGAGUGCAACCAUUUGUUGUGGAACUACAAACUGAACCUGACCACUGACCCCAAGUUUGAGUCUGUCGCUGUGGAAGUUUGCAAGAGCACGAUCACUGAGAUCAAAGAAUGUGCUGCGGAGGAGCUGGGGAAGGGCUACCUGGUUUCCUGUUUGGUGGAUCACCGCGGCAACAUCAGCGACUACCAGUGCAAUCAGUACAUCCACAAAAUGACCAGUAUCAUCUUCAGUGACUACCGGCUGAUCUGUGGCUUCAUGGACAAAUGCAAAGAUGACAUCAACUCCCUGCUCUGUGGCUCCAUUAGCACUGGAGAGAAGGAUGUUCACUCUCAGGGGGAGGUGAUCGCAUGUCUGGAAAAGGGCUUGGUGAGGGAGGCAGAGGAGCAGCCUGGAGCUCGCGUCAUAAAGGACGACUGUAAGAAGGCCAUCAUGAGAGUGGCCGAGCUCUCCUCAGAUGACUUCCACCUGGACCGAUACCUGUACUUCGCCUGCAGGGAGGACCGCGAACGCUUCUGUGAGAAUACACUGGCUGGGGAAGGACGAGUUUACAAAUGCCUCUUUAACCAUAAGUUUGAGGAUGCAAUGUCUGAGAGGUGUCGGGAGGCGCUGACAACACGGCAGAAGCUGAUUGCUCAGGAUUACAAAGUGAGCUACUCUCUGGCCAAAUCGUGUAAAUCGGACCUGAGGAAGUACCGCUGCAGCGUAGACACCAACAUGCCCCGAGCGCGAGAGGCACGUCUCUCCUAUCUGCUGCUGUGCCUGGAGUCUGCUGUGCACAGAGGUCGUGUGGUGAGCGGAGAGUGCCAGGGUGAGAUGAUGGACUACAGGAGGAUGCUGAUGGAGGAUUUCUCUCUGAGUCCAGAGAUCGUGCUCCACUGCCGCAGUGAGAUUGAAGGCCACUGCUCUGGGCUGCACCGAAAAGGGCGCACCCUGCACUGCCUCAUGAAGGUCGGCCGCGGGGACAUGGGUGCCAUAGACCCCAACUGUCAGAGAGCGCUCCAGACCCUAAUCCAAGAGGCGGACCCUGGAGCAGACUACAGGAUCGACCGAGCUCUGAACGAGGCGUGCGAGUCCGUCAUCCAGACCGCCUGUAAACACAUUCGCAACGGAGAUCCCAUGAUCCUGUCGUGCCUGAUGGAGCACCUCUACACGGAGAAGAUGGUGGAAGAGUGUGAGCACAGGCUUCUGGAGCUGCAGUACUUCAUCGCAAGAGACUGGAAGUUGGACCCGAUCCUUUAUAAGAAAUGCCAGGGCGAUGCGUCCCGUCUCUGCCACACUCACGGCUGGAACGAGACCAGUGAGAUGAUGCCCCCAGGAGCCAUCUUCUCCUGCCUGUACCGCCACGCCUACCGAUCUGUGGAGCAGGGACGCAGGCAGCCCAGUGGGGAGUCAGAGGAGCUCCAGAACUGGUUUUUGUCCCGAGACUGUAAGGUGGAGGUGCAGAGGAUUCUCCACCAGAGGGCGCUGGAUGUGAAGCUGGACCCGGAGCUCCAAAGACGCUGUAUGACCGACCUAGGGAAGUGGUGCAGUGAGAAGACUGAGGCGGGACAGGAGCUGGAGUGUUUGCAGGACCAUCUGGAGGAUCUGGUCAUGGAUUGUAGAGACGUGGUGGGCAACUUGACUGAGCUUGAAUCAGAGGAUAUUCAGAUUGAGGCCCUGCUGAUGAGAGCCUGUGAACCAGUUAUCCAAGCCCACUGUCAUGAGGUGGCCGAUAAUCAGAUCGACACUGGAGACCUGAUGGAGUGCCUUGUCCAGAACAAACAUGAGAAGGAGAUGAAUGAGAAGUGUCUGGUGGGAGUCACCCAUUUCCAGCUGGUUCAGAUCAAAGAUUUCAGAUUCUCGUACAAGUUCAAAACAGCCUGCAAAGAAGACGUGCUCAAACUGUGCCCCAACAUCAAGAAAAAGGUGGAUGUGGUGAUCUGCCUCAGCACCACAGUGAGGAACGACACUCUGCAGGAUGUUAAAGAGCAGCGCGUCUCCGUCAAAUGUCGCAAACAGCUCCGAGUGGAGGAGGUGGAGAUGUCUGAGGACAUCCGUCUGGACCCAGAGUUGUACGACUCCUGUCAGCCAGACAUCAAGAGGCUGUGUCCAAAUGUCAACUAUGGCAAUGCACAGGUGAUCGAGUGUCUGAAGGAGAACAAGAGGCAACUCACUCAGAGAUGUCACCAGAGGAUCUUCAAACUGCAGGAGGUGGAGAUGGUCGACCCAGAACUAGACUACCAACUCAUGAGGGUCUGCAAGCACAUGAUCAGGCGGUUUUGCACAGAGUCGGAGGGCAAGAACAUGCUCCAGUGUCUCAAGCAGAACAAGAACAGCGAGCUGAUGGAUCCUAAAUGUAAACAGAUGAUCACCAAACGCCAGAUAACACAAAACACAGACUACAGGCUAAACCCAGUCCUGAGGAAAGCCUGUAAAGCUGACAUCCCCAAGUUUUGUCAGUCAAUCCUGAACAAGGCCACAGCUGACACGGAGCUGGAGGGACAGGUCAUCUCCUGCCUCAAACUCAAAUACGCAGACCAGCGCUUGUCUCCAGACUGUGAGGACCAGAUCAGGGUCAUCCUCCAAGAGUCUGCACUGGACUACAGACUGGACCCUCAGCUACAAAUCCACUGCACACAAGAGAUCUCUCGGCUUUGUCCAGAGGAGGCGGCAGCACAGGAGCAGACGGGGCAGGUGGAGGAGUGUCUCAAAGUGAAUCUACUGAAGAUCAAACAGGAGGGCUGUAAGAAGGAGGUGCUGAACAUGCUGAAGGAGAGUAAAGCAGACAUCUUUGUUGACCCUGUUCUACACACAGCCUGUGCUCUGGACAUCAAACAUCACUGUGCUGCCAUCCCACCAGGCAGGGGGCGCCAGAUGUCGUGCCUGAUGGAGGCGCUGCAGGACAAGCGCGUGCGACUGCAGCCAGAGUGUAAGAAGAGGCUCCAGGACCGCAUCGACAUGUGGAGCUAUGCCGCUAAGGUGGCUCCGGCCGAGGGCUUCUCAGACCUGGCCAUGCAGGUGAUGACGUCACCGUCUAAGAACUACAUCCUGACGGUAAUCGGGGCGGGCGUGGCUCUGCUCUUCCUCAUGGGUCUGCUGUGCGGCCGCUUCACCAAGCGAGUCACCCAGGAACUCAAGGACAGGUAGACCCCGCCCAUUUGGGCUCAGGACACGCCCACCAUCGCCCAAACGCCCAAAUAUGGACCUCCCCCUUUUUGGUUUAGCGCUCCCCUGCUGAUCCAUUCGAAAUACUUGUGUUUGUUCUCCUUUUAACAUCGCUAUGGAAGGAGCCAGCGCUGAACUACAUUACCCACAAUCCCCCCAAACAAGUGGAUAAAAUCUGUCUGACUCACCCCUUCUUCCUCAAGAGCGUUCGGACACCCACUACCGCCCACAUUUUUGUUUCUUUUUCUUCCAAUUCUUUCCUACAAAGACGGCCGCCCAUUAGAUACAGUAUUAUUUUGGUCCUUUCUCUGCUGCUUGGGGGGGAGUGGUAAUUGUGGGGAUGAUUUGGGAGGAAAAUGGGAUUUUGAAGCUGUAAAAAUCUAAUGUUAAAGUUUAAAAAUAUGGAGGUAAGGAAGUUCAGGAGCCAAGUGAAAUCUGGGGCAGUGUAAAUGUGUAGAAAUGGGAUGGGAUGGUUAAUGACUCCAGUAUUUUAAAAUGCGUGUGUGAUUGCUUUGGUGAGAAUGUUUGUGUGUGCGAAAAACUGUCUAUUAAUUUUUUCUUUACGUCCACGCUUCAAUGUUUUGUUUUGUUUUUUUGGUUUUGUUUUUUGGCUCUGGAUAGCUUCUUUAACUUUGGCUGAUGAUGUUGAUGUGUGCGCGCUUGAUUUUAUCGCCAUCGGACUGCCAUGCGGGCGGUGCCAACAAACCAGCCCUCCAACCGAGCCACAAAUAUAUAAUAAUUAAAGAACAUCAUGGAAAUGAGAGCUUAGGAGACGUUUUGAAAUUUGAUUUUCUCCCAUUUCAAAUGUGUACCAUGAACACACCACCAAUUUGUCCCAGUUUCAGCAUCUCUGGGAACUUUUUGGCAAACUAGGAAAUCCCUUCAAAUAAUUCUGGCUGUUUUUUUGUCUCUGAUUAGAAAACGCAAUUCAUAAAAAAGAAACUUGUAAAGAAAUAAAACUAUCGUAGAUUAUUGUGGAGAUGUGAACUUUUCUGUGUAAAGAUGAUACUGGAAUCAUUGCACAUUUUUCUUUCUUUCGUUCUUUUUUAUAUCUAUAAAUAUAUAUAUAUAUAUAUAUAUUGUUUUGUCAUAGCCUUAUUUAUUUGUUUACUAAUGAUCAAAGUCAUUGUUUUCUAUGUUUUGAAUGUUCUCUGGUUGCCUUUUGUCCAGCGAGUGGGACAGGCAGAAAGGGGGCGAGGGCAGCAGCUUUAGACCGUAAAUGUAAAGGAAUAGGUUACUGAACACUGGGGAAAGUGAAGGCACAAAUGUACAGUCUCACAGGCACCAUUGUGGCUGUUUUGGUAGAUCUAUAGAAUUGGAUCUGGACCAAGGGGAUCAGCAAGGUAAGCCGGGGCUGGCCUAGGGUAGACAGAAGUAAGGCUGCCAAUACAUAGGCAAGAGGGUGAAGUGCCUUGCCCAAGGACACUAUGGCCACAUGCACUUGGUCAAAGCAGGGGUUGAAGUGACAACUCUCGGGUUAGUGGGACACUGUAUAUGGAAAGUCAGUAAUGAGUUGCAUUGACAUUGAAAAAUUGACCCUGUGCACAACUGUGACGUGCCAGCUUUGUUAGCGUCACUACUCCCUGUCCAAUUCUUUAUGGGGUUUUUUGAAAAGUUGUGCAAAAAACAACAACUUGUAUAACUAGCAGUGGACAGUGAGUUGUGGGUGGAUAUCAAUGACAACAAACCUUUAUAAAUAAAGUGAAUAAUAAAUAUUUCAAUUUUGCCACAAUCUGAAGUAAUCUACGUUUAAAUACAUUUUAAUUUUCUUUUUUCCCCCUAGACUGUGUGCCGCUCUGCCUAUUUAUAGAAGUAUUAAAUGAACCAAUUAUUCCUAUAUAUGUGACAUUUUGAAGACUUUUCCCAUUUGAAAUAUAUUUUGUUUUAAAAUGUUAAUCGCUGUGGCAACUGACCUAAUUUUUGGAUAAGAGUUUUCCCAAUAUCUGACUGGAGCCUGUAUUAGCAGGUAUACUCUUUUCAAUUUUAGCUAGCUCUGUAAAAAUUCAUAUUGUCACUCUCCCUUGAUCCACAUUGUGUUGUCACAUAUCCAGUAACGGCACACUGAAGUUAUGAUUGACACAAGAAGAGGUGCAGCCACUAACUAGCAUACUUUUGUACCCCGCGUCUUUUUGUAGAUCCAACUUUUUAUAUAGUUGAUCAUUAAACACAUCAAGGAUUGCAGGUGUUAGGAUAUGGUGUGGUGUUUUUAAUUGUAUUGGUAGUUUGGGAAUGACCACUGUUGCUUUAAAAAGGAUGCUUGAUAUCUUUGGGAUGGCACACUGAAUGAGUUUUAAAUAGAUGUAUGACAUUUAUGGGUGUAUAGGAAGGCAAGCAAAUCUGACAGGACAAUAAUAUUAGUCUAUAGACGGGUUAUGACUUGAAUGCAGUGAGUUUAUAAAUACAGUACUGUGUCAAUAGUAUACAAAUUUUGUUGUUUUUAAUUUAAAUAAUGCAAUUGACAAGAAUUUAAGUAUCAAGGCACUGGUCCUAUCUUGCACCAAUAAAGAAAAUGGUGCCCAGAUCUCACAAAUAACAAAAAACUAGAAGACCUGAUAUUUGCGCUGUACUGUAGAAUUCAGACGGCGUGUGGCUUAAAUUGCAAUUACAAAGCUGCUUGUGAUGAUCAAGCUUUACAUCAAGCCUCAAGCCAAACAAGAGAACAGCGCCAUCUUGUCUUAGUCAAGAUAUUGCAGCUCAAACGUGUUGUCUAUAGUUUGCGGGGGGAGUUAGCUUUGCUUCUGGCACAUGUUAACCAAAUAUCAGAUGCACAACAUUUCUGACGUUUUGCACAGGAACAUUACACACCAAAUGAAACUGUAUGCAUUUGGAUAACUUCAUUGUUGUUUAGCAUUUUUAUUAUGCAAUUUAGCUUCUCAAAACAUAAUGGCUAAAAUGGAUCUCUAAAUGUAAUGGUUUUGUUUUUUCAAAAUUAACUUUGUUUUGUAAUAUGCCACGUCACCACUAGGCAGCACUAACUUCUACACACUCAAUGAAUUGUGUAUUAGCAGUUUGUUAAAAUGUAUUGUCACUUGCUCCACAUACUCCAUAUUUGGACACAUGUUAAGUAAAGAAGUAAUGCAAGUCCCUGAUUGGUGGAUUUCAGAUUCUAGAAUGUGAUCAUGUGACCUCAUAAUUCCAGAUGGAGGACAACAGCCAGAUUACAUUGUACUUUGCCAUGAAGUUUCUAAAAGGUAAAUUCACAAAUGUUGAACCUGGUCAUUUCUGUUAGUGACUAGACCCCAGAACUCACAAUAUAACAACAAAACCCUGCAUUUUAACAAUAUUAAUUUUAGCUGCCUGCUAAAGCACUACUAAAUCUCCAUUAAAUAUUAUUGGCCUAUAGAAUGUUGAGGUGUAAUCUAAAAUAAAACAGUCAGCAUUGCAAUUUCAAACUCCUAAACUUUAGUACUAAGCUAACCUUGGUUCGAGCUAAAUACUGUUGUCGGAUGCAUAUGUUUUCUUUUUUAUUGAAUUGUUGUGUCCAAAUCACUUAAGAUCAUAUUGGAAAUAUAAUAUUGUAAAAUACUGUUUGCUGGCAUUGGACUAUGUCUAUGCGCAAAUUCGCUAACACUAAUUUUAUAGGACCCAUAUUAAAAUGUAACUAGUUGUUUUGCAUAUUCAUAAGCGGUUAAAUUGAUGUUGGUUCAAGCCUUGUUAAUGUCUGCAAAACCUUAUUCUGCUGCUAAUUAUACAUUUACUAACACUUUCCCAUGAGGACACUCUUUAUUGCUGCUAAUUAAUUAGUAUGACGUUUGGACAGCUUCGUACAUGGAUAUGUUCAAUAGGUAAAAACUACAAAAAAAAUAAUAAUCCUAAAGUCAUAGUAAUAUGCAGUAACUUUACUAGAAUAUAUUAAUUAACACAAAAUUAACCACUUUAUUAAAAAUGAGCAGCUCGUUAGAUGUUAAUAAGUGGACCCUAAAAUAAAGUGUGAAAAUUCUAAUAUUUUCAGCAUUUGUACUGAUUUUUUGUUUAGUUUUUUAAAUACGCUAUUUUUUUCAAUCAUCUUACUUGUGCUUUCUUGUAUCAAACAAACUGGUUAUCAGGCCCCUCCCCUCCUGUGGGCCUGCCCCCUGUACAUGUGUACUAUACUGUGCAUUACUGUAAACUGUUGGAUCUCGUACUAUUGGUUUACUCUGUACAUUGAAGCUUGGUGUGACGAGUGCUGCCCUCCUGCUUGUAAAUGACUCUCUCAAUAUGCCUUUUCUGUUUUCUAAAAGCGUGCCUACUCACCGCUGGUUCCCCAUGUCUAUAAGAACUACAAAUGCUCCCAGAAUCCUUUGCGACGUGGAGGCAGGUGACGCUGUGGCUCUAUGAAUGCGUGAGUGAGUGAAUGAGAUUUGAGUGACUGUAAUGGCCACAGUUUUGGUUGCGAUUUGCCACCGGUCCCUCGCUGUUGUCCAGAGCAAAACGACUUUGAUGAUUUUAGGUUGUGAUGAAACUUUUUGUAAACUGUUUUUGUGUGUCUCAUGAUGCUCCAGAUCAUUGCAUUCAAUUCUCUGUCCACUUUCUGUUGUGUUUUUUUGUUCUGUACAGAUGAAAAAUGGACAGUUUGUUAAUAAUAAUAAAAUCUGCAAGGUUUCUAAA